AUGCAAGCCCUAACAGUGUGCUCGACGGGGUCACACCUCUAUACCUACCGCAGUGGAUGCUCACUGCCCGGCUGUCCUCGCUGUCUUCUGAAACGAGAAGGCAACGGCAGUCCUCGUAUUGAUUCAUCGACUUCAUCAAACAAGGACUCUGCAAACAGCAGCUCUCCUGAGCCCGAGACCCUUGAAGCCGACGAGAUUCGAGGAACAACCGAGGCCUCUUCUUCACCAAGCGAAACAAAAACCGAUUCCGGAAUCACUCACACAAUCCCAAAUUCGUCCAUAGUUACCAUAACGAGGCACACAGUCGUCUUCUCCGAGGCGCCCUCGCCAUCCUCGACGUCACUCGCCGAAACCAGCCCCGGGACUGCAGCGGAGACCACCUGCUCGGGGUGCAGCGAGCCCAUCCAGACGGCCAAAUCCGAGCAAGAAGCCAGCAGUGCGGGCGGGGUGACUCCGGCCACUAUUUCUGGAAUAGCGGCUGCUGGUGUAGUGAUCCUCGCUCUCGUGGCAAUAAUUUGGCUAGUGUCGCGACGGAGAAAAAGGGCGCGACAAAGUGCAGGCCCAAGCGAAGACGAUCCGACUGGAGGCUCGCGAGUCGACGGGUAUGAGAAGAUGACGCCUCAUACUACCGGUGAAGGGGGAGUCAUCGAUCCAUUCGCCCCUUUUGGAGGGCGAACUGAUCAACCUCACGGCUCGGAUCCCCCGCAAAGCGAAACCUUUGAAAUGGAUGGCGCGGGCGUUGCUCCGGUUGAAUUGCCAGCCGUCAGCAUCUCGGAGGCUCCAGAUACUCCGGCCUCGCCGUUGGAUGUCGCGAGCUCUGCAAGUCCAGCCGGUGCCGACCCUAGAGCAACCCUCGCUUCGGGCUCCUGCCAUGGACGCGCGCAAUAUGUGAAUGAGUGGAAACGAUACAGACCCAUGGCAGAAGAUGACGAGCAAGGGAUGAGAAAGUCAGGGGCAGACUUGUAG